AUGCUGCUGAUCCUCGUGUCUUUGCUCUGUGCUGUCCAUGCUGCUGAAUCCUGCCUCCAGUGUGACGGCAGCAUCCUGCGCAUGCAUGAGGACUUCAUCUUGUCUGCUCCCACUAUGAAUGACCAGAUUGAAUUGCAAGACAUUUGCAACUACGCCUACGUGACUUACCAAGACACCAGCAAAGCACGAGAGGGGGUCAUUGAUCCCACCACUCUGUACAGAGCCAAAACAGAGUACCAGAGUGAAUUUGACCGUUUCCUGAAAAUGGAUCACACUGGCUCUUUAACGUUUGACACCAUUCAGAUCAUGGAGAAAGGCAGGAAGAUCUUAGAGAAACACUUGGACGCGUUCAUUUCUGACGGACUCUGUCCUAACGCAUGUGGGCUUCUGCAUAGAAGGGUAAUGGACUGCCUCUCUUGCCAGUACAAGAUGUACAUCUGUCCCUCUCCAACAGGCCAGCAGGACUGCGGGGUCUUUCCAGUGGAAGCAGAAGAGGGAGGGCAAGCGGUGCUGGAUUGUUUUCUUCCAUGGCAUCGACUUCUGUUAGGAAAACCAGAGUACCAUUAUUCCUGGGCACCAAGAAAGCCAGGAACCAAAAAGUUGGAUGAAAGUGACUUCACGGCCUUGGUGGUGACGCCUGACUCAUUUGUGGUCUUGAAUCAGCUGCAUUUGGAUGAAGAAGGAACAUACCGGUGCUCUUUGCAGGACCAAAGUGGAGUCGUCUUCUUCCAAGUCUCUUUCCUGCUUUCAGUCGCCCCUUUGCCAAGUCAGACCCGCCGAGCCUCUGUCACUCUGCCCUCGCUGCCUCAUAAAGACAGCUCACCUUUUCAACCUACAGAGGACCUGCUGGUGGCACUCAUCGUCAUGAUUACAGUGCUGACGCUGACGGUGUGCGUGGGCCUCACUCUUGUCUUGGGCAGCAAGCGGCAAAAGAGCUGA